AUGACAACUUUAAGCCUCGGGAAGAUCGACGAAUCCGAAGAGGUCGCAGCGGUCGAUGCCGCUGCCGCAACUGACACAUGGCCGGAUGUAGCGUCAGAUGAAGUUGGCAGAGGUCUUGUGCUUGAAGUCGAGGAGCUGCCCUUUUGA